AUGCCCACUCCACAUUUUAUCGUUGGCAACGAAAGCUCCGACUUGGAUUCCAUUGUAUCCUCCAUUGUGGUGGCCAAGUAUGGUAACGAGCUUUUCGGUCGUGUCGGCGAUGUCGACACCAAACAUAUUGCGGUGCUGGUCACACCUGGAGACAUGUUCUUUUUUAAAAAGUAUUGUUCCUAUGUUGUUGAAAAUAUAAUGGAUGUCGAUUUAACGGAUACUUCUGAAAUCCUUUUCAUCGAUGAUUUCAUGGCGACCGCAAAAUGCUGCGAUUCCAUUUGUGUUUCCCUCGUGGAUGGACCGCAAAUUCCAUUGUUUCUCCGGCUCUUUAAUUACAACUUCCAAGUGUUCAACAUUAUCGAUCACCAUUGCUUUGAUGCGAGUGCACGCUAUUUGGGUGAGUGUGUUUUUAUCGAUCCCUGUGCGUCAAACUGUACCAAUGUGUUUCGAGUCAUGUGGGAAAAGAUUUUCCAUAAAAACGCAUCGACUAGCACAUUGGAGUCUAUCUUUUUUGAGCAUCCUUCACAUGCAAAGCAUCGAUUUUGGGAAAAUCCACAUUGGUUUGCGGAGCUUCUGGAGGCCAAAAAGGAGCCUGUUGAUAGGGUUCUGCUGGCACUUUUGUGCGUGAUUGUUGUGGACUCCAUUGGAAUGGACAUGGAUGGCUCCGAUAAGGUUACUAUCCACGAUGUAAAGGCUUGUCUCUCCAUUCUCCAAUAUCUUCGGAUUGGAAAAUUUAUUUCUUUGUGUCCAGAAGAAUUUGAGCAGCCAUUACUAUUUGCGUUUGUAAGGGAGAAUCAUCUGCAGCUCUUCGGCUCCAUAUUUGCUCAUCUCAAGGAAUACUCGUCUUUUUCGGCGACUGCGUUGCUUGUAUCGCCCCAAAUUGUGCUGCAGCUUGACUACAAAGAUUAUUUAUACGAGUUUCGGGAUGCAAAAGAGCGUUUUUUUGCGUACGGCAUUUCCAGUAUUUCUUGUUCCUUGUACGAGUUCGUUUCUGAUUGUAGCGUUGAAAAAGAAACCGCCUCGUUUGCGGACUUUUCCUCAAAGCUAGUCGCGCACUUUGCGUUGAAAGCAAAAUUAAUUCCAAAUUACUCGUUUCUCUUUGUCAUGACCUGUCAGUCGAGAGAGAUCAUGACCAAUGACAGCUUGAUUGCAGAUGACGCCAAGGACAGCUUGAUUGCAGAUGACGCCAAGAGCAGCUUUAUUGGCGCAAGACAAUUGUCUUUUUGCUCGCCUGCCGAUUAUUUUGGAACCUUGGACAUUAACGAUGCUGCAGAAUGUGUUUUGGAAAAUUUUGAACAAUUAUUUCCUGGGCUGAUUUCGAAUUUGGAGUUGAAAUUUGUAUCUGCUCUUGUGGCAAAUUCGUUUGUCACGGUGUCGUUUAUUCAAGGUAAAUACAAAAUGUCCAGGAAAGCCAUACAGCCCGUGAUCCACGAAUCGAUUGGCCAUAGAAGUAAACCACAUUAG